GAUUAAAUAGAAAAUUAACUCCUUAUUUACCGGUACUGACCUGAAUAUCGCUUCAUUUAGAAAUCGCCUAACGUUUCUAUGAAACCGCACAUCUGUGAGUCGGAGGUGAGCGAACAGUCGCUAAGUAACGUAAGUUAACUCGAGUCAUAAACUUGAGCUCGGGCUAAUUAUCAGACUAGUUUAGAGAUGCUGACAUCAUUGCACCUACAGUGGGCUGCGUAGCGUCGAUCUGUAGAUGUUGACACAUCUGGAGCUGUAAUUAGCUGAGGGAAGAUGCAACAGGUGCCGUACGGAUCUGUGGCUCGAGACAAGGCUCUGAUCCGUGUGCAGUUCACGCGGUUAGCGGUGAUCACCGUGUGUCUGCCUCUGCUCGGCCUCGUCGCCUGUAUCGUGCUGGCUCUGCUCUACCACUACAGUGAGGCGACAGACACACACUGCAUGGUUCCUAACUACCUCCCGUCCAUCAGCGCAGCCAUCAGUCUGACACCGGAGCGCUACAUCUGGAGGUUCAGCAUCGGCCUGCAUUCUGCUCCACGCUUCCUGGUAGCAGCAGCAUAUUUGAGCUUUUACCGCAGACGCUUUUCCAGGAGGCUGACGGAGCAGCUUUUGAGUGUUCUAACAUUCCUCUUAGCUUUAAGUGAAAACGUUGGACUGCUUCUGCUCACCUACGUCUCCUCCGAUGAGACCUACAGUGUCCAUAAGAGCGGCUUCAUCUUGUUUAUUGGCAGCUCCCUGUUCCACAUGAUGUGCACCUGCAAGCUGUGGUCGUUGAUUGCAAAGUAUUCCCCGAGUGCAGAGUUUAACAUGGAUCUGUUGAGAUUGGCCAGACACUGUAUGUACAUUGCAUGGCUUGGCUUCUUAUGGAGGAGUGCAGCAGGUCAGCCCAGCCUGACAGAUCACCUGCAGUCUGCCAGUGGAUUAUCCGAACUGUGUGGUAUCGAUGAGCUUCUUUGCCAUGAUGAAAACUCUCUGCUAAGUUUCGAGGCCAUCCGCAGCAUUCAUAAAGAUAUGGACGAUGAUGCAGAUGGCAGCGUGGACGUGACAGAGACAGAUGGGUUUCUAAGGGAAGACUUAAAGUACCACGACCCUAAAGGAAAACAGAACAGCUUCCAUAGAGCAGAUAUGCUGAUCACGGUGGAGGACAUGUGGAAUUCCUGGAAGGCCUCUGAAGUGUAUAGCUGGACAGUACAGGAAGCUGAAAAGUGGCUCAUCAAAUGUGUGGAGUUACCUCAGUAUGUUGAUUCCUUCAGGAAGAAUGACAUCAGUGGAAAAGCUCUGCCCAGACUUGCUGUGAAAAAUGCCACCCUGCUUCUGUCCGUGCUCAAGAUACCAGACCGCAGUCAUGCACAGAAACUACAGCUGAAGGCUCUGGACACAGUGCUUUUUGGAUCUCCAAUGAGCAAACACAGUCACUUGAAGGACUUGAUGCUGGUUGUGUCUAUCAUCAUUGGAGUUGGGGGCUGCUGGUUUGCCUACAUCCAAAACCGGAAUUCUAGGGACCACAUUGGCAAGAUGAUGAAGGACCUCGAUGGGCUUCAGAGAGCUGAGCAGAGCCUGCUGGACCUGCAGCAGAAGCUGCAGAUUGCACAGGAAGAACAUCACACGGUGGCGGAGGAGAAAGUCAACCUGGAGCGGGAGAUGCGAAGUGAGAUUGAUGCAGCAAAGCAGGAGGCACAAAGACUACGAGAACUGCGUGAGGGAACCGAGAACGAGUUGAGCAGACAGAAAUAUGCAGAGCAAGAGCUGGAACAGGUGCGAAUGGCUCUGAAGAAGGCUGAAAGGGAGCUGGAGUUGAGGAGCGGCUGGUCUCCUCCUGAAGCUCUUCAGAAAUGGCUGCAACUCACACACGAGGUGGAAGUACAGUACUACAACAUUAAGAAACAGCAAGCAGAAAGACAGCUUAUAGUGGCUAAAGAAGGGGCAGAAAAAAUCAAGAAGAAGAGAGGAACUAUCUUUGGGACGUUCCAUGUGGCCCACAGUUCUUCACUGGACGAUGUUGAUCACAAAAUCCUCUCAGCCAAACAGGCUCUGGGAGAAGUGACCGCUGCUCUGAGAGAAAAGCUUCAUCGAUGGCAGCAAAUUGAGAUUCUGACAGGGCUCAGUAUUGUCAAUAACCCUGGCAUGUCGUCUCUUGCCUCCGCCCUCAACCUGGACCCUGCUUUCCUGGGCAUCCGCCCCGCUGCACCCCAACACCUACUGCUAUCCGAUGACCUAGACGACAUGGAUGAGGACAUACUUUCUGCCGGAACCCUGCAGUAUGCCGCCUGGCAGAUGGAUCGGCGAGUGAGCGACCUUUGGCCUGUGGCUUCCGAGAGCCAAUCCCUGUGGAAACCAAUCCCUUCUGCUCCCAGCCUGACGUCCCUGCGCUCGCGACACGGAGACCCCAUGCUGAACCUGAGCUCACAGAGGGAUCUGAACCGGUCCGAAUCGGAUUCCUCUCUCUCAAUGUCUCAGUACGGAGAAGCCCAGCGCUGCACCUCAACUCCACUCUACAGUAAGCUCUCCAAAUCCAACGGUGGUUCCUCCACCGACAGCCCACUGAUGCAAAAAAAGACCUUUGGCAUGGAGAAGUGUUCCAGUCUCGGAGAGAUCAACUCUCAGCCGUCUAGCCUCAACUCAGUCGACUCGAUGCGCUCUCUCAUCUACACCUCCGAGCAGGACGCCCCGUCACUGCCAGCAGGAAAGAGUGCCAGCCGAAUCUCUCAGAUCACAGGCAAGAAGAUCCUGGUGGACGAGGACAGCGGCUCCACAGGAGACGACACCGAAGGCUCCAACACGGGCCGCAAGAAGACAGCCUUUACCAAGCUCUUCAAGAGACCGAAGAAAUAAGAGCAGUAUGGGGCAAUGCCAAACACAAAAGGAGUUAGACUAGCACAAUGGUACAUUUUAAGUCAUUUAUGUGGAAUUUUUGAUUUCUGUCGUUAAUUGUGUUGACCAACGGGAACAGAAACCGUCAUUUGUUGGGAACAGGUAUGAUAUCACUGUACAUUUAUUUAUUAGCUUCUACAACCAAGGGCGCUAGAUGGUUUAGUCCAUUUUUGGUGUGAGAGUUACUUCUGUUUUUAUUUGUAGUUAGCGUGAGCUGGAGUUUUCACUCUUAAAACAAACACCGAACGCAUGCAAAGGCUUUCCGCGCAUACAAAUGACUCCACCUACUCUACGCUGUUAUUUUACAUAGGAUUUGCUUGGACUUCUUUCCUUCUCAAAUGAAGCCCAUCAUUGUGUUGCCAGAGGAAACAAUUGGCCAUAAAUAUUACCAUUCACAUCCCCCUGCUGAAAAAAACAAACCACAGUAUGAGUAUGCAGCAUCUGUGUGCGUGACGGAUGUGUGGCUGGAAUAUCGUUACUUGCUUUUGAUUUCUCCUGUUAUCAAAAUCGAUUUUUAAAUGUUUGUUAAAAACUUGUUACAUCCUCACAGAGGUGCCUUUUCUUUUAAGCAUUGCCAAAUGUUAUUGCUGUGAACUGUGUGUGUGUCACAGACAGGAUAUGUACUGUAGUUCUCGUCUCUGGCUUGUAACUACAUGCCUUUAAAUUCAUUCAUGCUUCAUGCCGCUGAAGUCUUUUAAUACCAGACAAGUAAUAAAAAGAAGAUAUAAAAAGGGAGGGUGCUUUGCAAAUUAAAAGUCACAUGCUAACAUAAA